AUGAAGUAUAAGAUAAUAGAAGAGUAUCACAAAUACCAAGAGCAUUGAACCACAAAAGUAAGUGAGCAGCUAAAAACUCUGCAAAGUCUUGAUCAUCCAAAUAUCGUCAAAAUAUUCCAAAUUGUUGAAACAAGCUCAAAGGUUUAUUUUAUAAAAGAAUUUUGUUCAGGAGGUGGACUGCUAGAAAAAGUUAUAGAAACAAAGCAAAUAAGCGAAAAUCAAGCAGCAAAAUAUAUUCGCGAUAUUUUAGAUGUAAUAAACUACUGUCAUAGCAAAGAUAUAGCGAUUCAAGAUUUGAACCCAGGGCAUAUUUUACUCGACUCAAAAAAUGAAAAUGCAAAUAUAAAGGUUGCUGUUGGAAAGCUAAAAGAAGAUAAUUUUUUAAAAAAAAGCAUUGCUAAUGUAAGCUUAAAGUAGACUUGCUAUUUGGCUCCAGAGAUGUUUAGGGGAGAAUAUGGAAACGAAGUUGAUAUAUGAAGCUGCGGAGUGAUUUUGUAUACUUUAAUAUUUGGAAGACCUCCAUUCCAUGGGAAAACUCGUGAAAAAAUAAUUGAGUCGAUAAAUAAAGGUCUAAAUUUUACAGAUGAGACUUGGGAUAACGCUUCUGAUGAGCUUAAAGAUCUCAUCUCAAAAAUGCUAGAGAAAAAUACAGAAAAUAGAAUUUCGGCGAGAGAUGCUUUAGAGCACCCUUGGAUUAAGUCGAGGUCAGCUAAUCUAGUUCCAGAUAGAGCUGCUGCUACAGAUGUAUUAUCUCGUUUAUCAAAAUUUAAUGUAUUUUUCACUUAGGCAAAAUCACAAAUCCAGAAGUCUAUAUUAAAUUUUAUAUCUUACCAUACUACAUCAGCUAGAGAAGAAAAAGAGCUGAAAGAAACAUUUAAAUCGAUCGACGAAAAUGGUGAUGGAAAGCUUAGCUCUGACGAAAUUUAUAAAGCCUUUAAAAGCAUGCGGCUUGGCUCUAAAGAAGAAACUAAUUCUGUAAUGAUAAAAUGUGAUAGAGAUGGGAACGGAUAUAUUGAGUAUUCUGAAUUUAUUACUGGGGUUUUACAAUGGGACAAAAAAAUCCAUGAAAAGCAGCUAAGAGAAAUUUUUAAAAACUAUGAUACAAAUGGAGAUGGACUUUUGUCGAUCGAAGAACUUAAAGAAUGUGUAGUAGGUGUAAAAGGAAAAGAAUGGGAAAAUUUCUUAGAUGAUAUGAAUAUAGGAGAAAAACAUUUGAUCAGUGUUUCUGAAUUGGAGUCUUAUUUUCAGUCGAAAUUCUUAAUAAGUAAAGAGGAUUAG